AUGCACUUCAAAACGUUAAAGGACCUACAACGUGUGCCCAUGCAGCGCGCAGCAAUUCCGCAGUACCUUUUACCACUUCACAGCGUCACGUCAUUCGUUCAUUGCACUGCCAAAUACGAUGAGAAGAUAGAAAGAUUUUUUGCAGGAUGUGAUUAUGUUUAUCUAGUGAUUGCUGUUUUGCUGUUUAUUUGUAUUGUUGCUGUGGCGGCUUGUUCGAUAGUGUGGCGGAGAUUAACGGUUAAAUUUAAUGAUGAUGAUGAUGAGGAGGAAGGUGUAGAAGAAGGUGUUGAAGAAGGUGUAGAAGAAAGUGUUGAGGAAGGUGUAGAAGAAGAUGUAGAAGAAGAUGUUGAAAAACAUGAAAUGAGGAGGAAGGUGUUAAAAACGUGAAAUGA